AUGCCGCCCAAGAAGGAGAAGAAGCCCAAGAAGGAGAAGAAGCCCAAGGCUGAGGGCGACAAGAAGAAGAAGAAGAAGAGGAGGAGCGAGAGCUACUCCAUCUACAUCUACAAGGUGUUGAAGCAGGUUCACCCUGACACCGGUAUCUCCACCAAGGCCAUGUCGAUCAUGAACUCGUUCAUCUCGGACAUCUUCGACAAGAUCUCGAACGAGGCCGGCAAGCUUGUGAGGUACAACAAGAAGGGAACGUUGUCUGCUCGCGAGAUCCAGACUGCUGUGCGUCUCAUCCUUCCUGGAGAGCUCGCCAAGCACGCUGUGUCCGAGGGAACCAAGGCUGUGACCAAGUACACUUCGUCCUCGUAA